UGUUACUGCGCCGCUCCGGGGCAGACGGAGCAGUUGCGAAUUCGCCGUCGCCGCGCGGGCAGCAGGGCGCGCCCGGUCCCCUGCAGCCAGGCAGCAUCUGGCGCAUCUGGCACAUCUGGCAGCGGGAGAAGGCGGCUCCUUGCCCGGCGCCCCGCCUGCGGUCACAGGCGGACAGUGCAGCCCGCGGGAUCCGCGCAGAGGCAGCCGCAGAGCAGAGCCGGGCUGGACAAAGCCAUGACGGCUGAAAAGACUAUUCCUAUAAUUAAUGGCAAGCCAGAAGAUACUUUGGACCCUGAAGCCUCAAGCACCAACCUAUUCCACAGCAACGAUAAGAAAGUGCAUGAAAGAGGCCACUGGAACAAUAAGGUUGAAUUUGUGCUUUCUGUGGCAGGGGAGAUUAUUGGGUUGGGAAAUGUGUGGCGAUUCCCAUAUCUUUGCUACAAGAAUGGAGGAGGUGCUUUCCUCAUUCCGUAUGUGGUUUUCUUUAUUUGCUGUGGAAUACCAGUAUUUUUCCUGGAGACUGCCCUGGGGCAGUUUACUAGUGAAGGAGGUAUUACAUGUUGGAGAAAAGUUUGCCCGCUAUUUGAAGGCAUUGGAUAUGCUACUCAAGUUAUUGAAGCACAUUUAAAUGUUUAUUACAUCAUCAUUUUAGCAUGGGCUAUCUUCUAUCUAUUUAACUGCUUUACCACAGAACUCCCUUGGGCUACUUGUGGACAUGAAUGGAAUACAGAAAACUGUGUGGAAUUUCAAAAGCUUAAUAUGAGCAACUGCAGUCAACUGUCUUUACAAAAUGCCACGUCUCCAGUCAUGGAAUUCUGGGAACGCAGGGUAUUAGCCAUAUCUGAUGGAAUUGAACAUAUUGGAAAUCUCCGCUGGGAAUUAGCAUUGUGUCUUCUUGCUGCUUGGACUAUCUGCUACUUUUGCAUUUGGAAAGGAACAAAGUCAACUGGAAAGGUGGUCUAUGUAACAGCUACAUUCCCAUAUAUCAUGCUACUGAUUCUUCUGGUUCGAGGAGUAACAUUGCCAGGGGCUUCUGAAGGAAUAAAGUUCUAUUUGUAUCCUGAUCUAUCCCGAUUGUCUGACCCACAGGGUGCAAGAGGGAAUGAAUGGAACUAAACCUCGCAUUCAUGCUUCCAGUUUUCAUCUUUACUUUCUUAAAUUUGGAUUUACUCCACAAUUUCCAAGUAUAAUGCAUGUGUACUUGUAAACAUUGUUUUCCUCGUCAACUAGAGGUUUGUUUAAAUACUGUUCCAGGGAGACUACAGUAUGUGUUCAGAGAGCAGUAUUUGAACCACAGUGCCAAGUAUGUUUACUGUGGAUUAAAUAAAUUGUUUCUUUUCAAGGCACAGUUUAGUUUGAAGUUCUUGCACCGUUUGUCUUUGUGUGAUUUGCAUUCCAUGGUUUGUUAUAGCUUUCUAAGCAGCUAUUCAUCUAUCUUUUCAGUUCCUCUGAGCUUUCAAGUAUUGAA